AUGGGGCCAGCUUGCCAGCGCGCCUGGCUACCUCCCGGACCGCGCAACGGAGCCGCCCCGAUCCUGUCCUCCAUGAGCGCAGCCCAACGCGAGGCUCAGCAAUGCCUGGCCUUCUACAAAGCCCUGGCAGAGAGCGAAAGGCUGGCAGAGACCUGCCGGGGUUUACUCCUCCUCUCGGGGAAACUCGACCAGUUCGCACGAGGCUCGGUGAAGAGAUGCAGAGACCGACACCUGGACGAGGCUUUUCAGCUCUUGGCGGGAGUGAGCAAAGGGUUAUGGGAACUGGAGCGGGGCCAGGUGCUUCCUGUGGUGCGUUGCGUGCUUGCUUGCCAGGUGGAGUCCGUCAGCAGCUCCAGCUCUUUCUGUCGGCUUGAAAAGAUUGUUGCAAAACUGUCAGAAGGGAACAGGGCCGUGGUCUCCGAAGAGGUGAAUAAGCUUAUGGGCCAGCUGACCCCUGAGGGCAAAGAGCCGGUGUCUUUCGAAGGUCUCCAGACAGUUUGCGUUUUCGUGGAGGAGAGCGCGCUGGGGCGCUGUUACUGGAGAAGGCACCUGGUGCCGUUACUGACCUGCGUUGCUGCCACGUUCAAUUUGAUACUGCAGGAGCAAAGAGCCGCGAAUGAGGAGUGGCAUUACGUCACAGUGAAGGUGUGUCUGCAGCUUUUCAAGUGGAUGCCAAAGGAGGUCUUGCCGCUUGCGUGGGAGAAAACGGAGGGCAAUGCAACCCUGCAAAAGAUCCUGAGAUCUCUGGUGCAAAUCGUGACGGAAAAGACAGCCGGCAAGGACACCCGGCUGCUGGCCGGAACUGCUGUGAGUAUGCUGGCCAACACGGCACCUGACCCCCACGGAGGAGCCACAGCAGUGCUGGCCCUCCAUCACUUGCUGAGUCUGGGCGGAUCUUCUCUUGCGCAGAGGAAAGAUGCUGGAGUGGACAAUCCUAAAGGUGACGGCCGAUUUGGGGUGCUCACGGUGCCCCCAUCUGCUCGGGGCCCAGACGGACUGGGGAGGUUGGCGUUCAUCCGCGGCUUAUUAGCCUCUUGCAAGAAGGAGAUCUUGAGCUGUCAGUUGGAUGAUGACCCACAACAGGGUUGUCUGUUGCUUGAUGUCUUGUUCCCGGCUAUUUUAGACCUGUUGGAAGAGCCCAUGGAUUGCCAUUACUACUGCUUUCAAGUUUUUUCUCUGUGGCUUCAAUGUGUCCGAGACAGUCUGGAUCAAAUCUGGAAAGCGAAGGACAGCUGUGUGCUGUUGAACAAUUCUAGCCUGCUCCAGAGACUGACCCAGUUCCUCUGGAACAAUGCAGAGAACCCGGCGGAGAGGGGAUCCGAUUUCGUCCACAGGUCCUUCCAGCUUCUCUUGGAGAUCUACAGUCUAGAAUGUGAUCACUUUGAUGUCCCGGAGAGAUCGCUUUAUGGACAGUUCCUGCAGAAAGCCAUGCUUAUGCCCUGGCAAGCCAGAACCCGAUAUUUUGUACUCGUUUCAAUUCUCCCUUACUUGGGGCCUGGAAAAGUUCUGGAUACCUACAGAGAUCUUCCGCAUCACCUCUUGAGCUGCCUCGCGACCAACCACUUGUGUCCGGCUGCCUCGGAUUUGUACAAGACCACCUUGAAGCUGCAGCGCGAAAGCUGGACCCAGGGGCGGAAAAAUGUCUCAGAGGAAGAGCUGGCUCAGAAAUGGGGCCGUCGCUGGUUGCUGACCCUCUCCAGCGCCUUGACGUCUCCCGUCCCUUUCCUUCAAAGCAACGCCUCCAAUUACCUCCUGGUGUGGACCUUGAGGCUUUUCCCAGCCUCUUUCGCUCUGCUGGCUGAAAGCUUUAGCGGCAGGGAUGCGUCACAACUCCGGGCCUGGGCCGCCUUGCUGAACGUCCAGAAGUCCCUCAAGGGGACCUUGCCCGCAGACGAGGAGACGUUCCAUAGACUCACCUUUUGCCUCUCCUCGAAAGAGGAGAACGUCCGCUUGGCGGCACUGGGCCUCCUGUGCUCCGCGCCCAGGACCAACCAGGCCUUGUCUGCGAUGGAAGUCCAACUCCUAAAGGAAUUCCUGCCGCUGAACUUGAAUUGCGACUCCUCUUCUUUCCGGCAGCUGCUCCAAGCGGUGGUGAAAAAGGCUCUGGUCAGGUCGAGGGAUAGCUCCCUUGCUGUGCUCCGGCGGCGAGCGCUGAACAAGAAGGAGUGCGUGGCUGAGAAGAAUCCAGAAACACCUCUGGAACAAGCGGUGGGUGAGUAG